AUGAGAAUUCACACUAGAGAGAAGCCAUACACAUGCCAACAGUGUGAAAAAAGCUUUUAUCAUGCUGGACACUUUGCAGCACACAUGAGAAUUCACACUGGGGAGAAGCCUUUCAGCUGUAAACAGUGUGGAAAGAGUUUCAGUCAAAAGCCAAACCUUGAUGUUCACAUGAGAGUUCACACAGGGGAGAAACCUUACACCUGCGAACAGUGUGGAAAGAGUUUUAGUCAAAAACAAAGCUUUAAAACCCACAUGAGAAUUCACACUGGAGAGAGGCCGUACACAUGCCAACAGUGUGGAAAAAGCUUCCGCCAUGCAAGAAACUUGGAUGUGCACAUGAGAAUUCACACUGGAGAGAAACCUUACACAUGCACAGAGUGUGGUAAAAGAAGCCUUUCAGCUCUGAACCUGAUUGCUCACAUGAGAGUUUACACUAGGGAGAAACCUUACACCUGCGAACAGUGUGGAAAGAGUUUAGGUAAAAAACAAGACCUUUACAUCCACAUGAGGAUUCACACUGGAGAGAAACCUUACACAUGCACAGAGUGUGGUAAAAGUUUCCCACAUAAAAACACACUCAAUCACCACAUGAGAACACACACCGGAGAG